GGCCCUGAGGGUGGCUCUUCCUGAGGGAAGCGAGUUUAAAUCCUCCAGAGAGAUUUUUUUUUCCAUCUCCACAGAGGGUUCCUAGAGAGGUAAGGAGAGGGAGAGGGAGAGGGAGAGAGUGCUGUAUUUGGAAACCACAAAGCUUUUCUUGGGCAGGGAGGCAUUGAGAGGGGCUUUUCCUCCUAUUCCCAUGCCCAUCAUCCCUGCCCUCUCCCUUCCCCUCAGAUACGCUCCUCUUUCCCGCGCUUUUCAGGGAAUCCCGUAAAUUUACGCAGAAUCCACUAGGGGGCGCCUUCUGUCUAGAGAAGGGAACACCAGGCGCUUCCCCAUUGGGCAACUGGAGGACGAAAGACCUUUGAAGAGGAGGCAGGAAAGGAAGUGACAUCAUAGAGCUUUGCCGCUCUAGGACUCCGCACUCGCUCUCCUUAACCCCCGGGGCUCCGCAGGAGACGGAGAGGCUGCGGGAGAGUCUGGCGGGGGAAGAUCCAGAGGUGCCCCGGAUACAGAAACUGGAAGCCAUUUGUGGUCUUUGCAAGGGAAACUUUUCUCUUGGGGGAAGAAGAAAAAGGGUGGAAUAACUUGGAGGGCUCAGUUGUGGAGCACCAGAAAUGGUCCCGUGAAGGAAAAGGCAUCUGGAGACCCAUCAGAGUCCUUGGAGCCAUUUGCAGUUGCUCUGCAGGACAGAGAAAGGAUGGAGACACAACCUUUUGGAAAGGAGGGAAGCGGAAAAGGCCCUUCAGCUGCUCAGCCUGGGAAGGGGGGGAAGCUCUGGACGAGGACUGGGCAGCAGAUCCUGGAGGAGGAAACCAUCCUCCCUUCAGAAGUUCAGCCCUGGAAUUUCAUCCAAUACCAGGAGGCUGAGGGUCCCCGAGGACUUUGCAGCCGACUCCAUGGCUUUUGUAGGCAAUGGCUGAGACCAGAAAAACACACCAAAGCCCAGAUGCUGGACCUGGUGGUUCUGGAACAGCUCCUCUUCCUUCUGCCCCAGGAGAUGGAGGGCUGGGUGCGGGAGUGUGGAGCAGAGACCAGCUCCCAGGCGGUGGCCCUGGCUGAAGGCUUCCUCCUGAGCCAGGUGGAGGAGCAGAAGCAGCAGGUCGAGUUGCAGGAGAUCAGAGAUCCUGAGGGAAAGAAGAAUCCAUCAAAUCCCCCUCAGGAGCUAUUUUUCAGGAGGAUCCCUUGGGAAGACCCAAAUCAGAACACCUCAGGAGAGAAACAAAGAAUGAAGUUUUCUACUUUUUACGAUGGAGCUCAAACAGUGGUUGAACCUCCAAAUCAAGAGAGACUUGUGUCCUUCGAGGAGGUGGCUGUGUAUUUCUCUGAGGAGGAAUGGUCUCAGCUGGAUUCUGACCAAAAAGCCCUGCAUUCGGAAGUCAUGCUUGAAAACCAUAGGAACGUGGUCUCUCUGGAUGCUUUCUGUGAAGAGCAUUCUCCCAGUCCAAUUCAUGAACAAAGGCCUGAUGCAGUGUGACUCUGCAUCCUAGGGUACAGGUAAUCCCACUGUCAGCAUUCUAAUGCUGCCAUAAAGAGAAGAAGACGAGACUUGACUUUUCACCUACUUAUUUUCUCUGUAGAUAAUAUCCCCUAGUAGAUGGGAUGGGAGGGGGGACAUUCCUGUGGGUUGAAGUCAGGAGCUGGGGAGACUGACUUGGAAGAUGGCCAAUGAGACGCUGAGAAUUGGGGAACGGAAAGGGAAGGGUUUGGGGUCAGAGGGUUAGUAUCGGCUACGACGAAGUCGGGGCCAGAUUUGUCGUACUCAAUAAAUGGAAGUUUUCAGCAAAGAUUAAUUGUUUGGGAAUGCAAUUUAUUUGAGAUGACAUCGGAACCUGACACCCACUACAUGACUGUUCCAAGUUACGACCUAGCCGUCUCUCAAGUACUUAAGACCCAGUCUUGAAAUUAUAAAUGUUGUAGCAUUACAGCUGUCAUUCACACUUACGAAUGACAGCAGAGACGCUGCAAUGUUCGCGCCAUCUAUACCCCCACCCCACCCUGCUGAGACUUACAUUGCAAUGAUGUAGUGAGACGUCGGUUCCUUUGCCUGCUUCGAUGCAUUUGCAGAAAACAGAGGCCUAAAGUAAUGAGAGAUGCAUGAGAUCAGUAGCACGAAAUCUCACGCUAAGUAUCUCAAGUGAUCUUGCACUACAGUACUUUAGGCCUCGGUUCUCUGCUAAUCCAAGGCCUGCAUGAUAUCCAAGCCAAAAUUCUUUGCAAACAGAGGGAAGGCCUCUUUGUUUUCAAAGACUUUGCCCCUGGAUCUUGUGCAGUCCUCAUUUCAUAAAGAACACAGGCCAGAAAUACUGCAGUGCGAGAUCACGCAUGAUCAGUAGCCUGAGAUCUUGCACUACUUGUCUUGUUUGAUCUCGUACUAAAUUAGUUUAGGCCUCUGUUUUCUAUGAACUGAAGCCUGUACCAGAUCCAGUCAAAGAACCCUUGCAAGCCGAUAAGACUUUGGGACAGCGAAAUAGCCAUUCUUGAAACCUUCCAACCU